CUGAACCAGUCAGAGUCAGUUAUUCACACUUACUCGCUGAGAUGGAGAGAGCAAGAGUUUAUUUUAAAGCGUUUAUAUAUGUUUUACUCUUCAGUCAGAAAAUCUAUGGAACAGAAAUUGAGAUGAAGAUGUGUACUAUUAUGGAAAUCGAACAACACGUGUCUCUCUGGCUGUAACUUUGUGUCCGGGACCGUUUACCACCGCCUUACAACCUCCUGUAUCAGACUGUUUUCUCUGCUGGACGCUGCUCCUCAGUGUUUGUCCUGUUUGUGUUCUCUUCUGCCUCAUCUGUGUGUACUGUCUCUGUCAGAAAACAGAUCAAGGAACAGAGCUCAAAGGAAAGACAAAAAGUAGAAAUACUUUUGAGUUUCCUGUUGGUGUGAACCAAUCAGAUGAGCUGAUAUAUCUACAUCACAAGAGACAGUUAUUCACUCGUGGAGAUGGAGAGAUCAAGAGUGACUGUUACCGCGCUUAUGUAUGUUUCACUAUUCUGUCAGAUAAGAAUCUGUGGAGCAGAGAUUGAGAUGAAGGUCAGACCAGGAGACAACAUCACUAUCAUCUGUGACCGUCCUAUAACUCAUGGUUCCUUUGUAUGGAUAAGAAACUGCUCUCAUGAACAUCAACCCUCUCUCAUUAUAGAUUUCACAAAUCUGUAUGUAACGUACGAAAGGUUCCCACAUUUCAGCAUUCUUCAAAACUCCAACAAUUCUUUUGAUCUACAUAUUACUAACAUUACAGUCUCUGAUCUGGGACUGUACUACUGCGCUGAGUUCGAAAGCAAAUUAAAUAAAGAUGAAAAAGGCUGCACAUACAUGUCUGAUGUGUACUAUUAUGGAAACCGAAGAACCCGUGUCUCACUCGCUGUGACUUCUGGGCCCUACACCACCGUCUCCCCCCCUCCUGUAUCAAAUUGUUUCUCCUGCUGUACCGUUUUAUUCAGUGUUUGUCCUGUGUGUGUUCUCUUCUGCUCCAUCUGUGUUUACUGCCUCUGUCAGAAGAAAACUGCAGGAUGUGAGAAGAGUGCAGAGGCGCUCACAGGACGUGUCAUGAAGGUGUAUCCGACAGAGAAACAUCAGUGUGAGACGAGUGAAAGCGGAAAGUUCUGCUUCCACUCUGAGGUCAAAUAUAGUCUACUCUCAUCUUCACAUCCCUAUGCUAAAAUGUGACUCUCCCUGCUAAAUGUACGCAAACCUGAUUACCAGUAUUAAAUGAUUACUCAACUCUUUUUGUACUUGCCUAUGUACAAUUCAUUUGCAUAUUUAGUAAA